CCCCUUCUGUUCCCCACCCGAAGCCGCACGCUCCUCUCCCCAAACCCCUCUCCACGACUCCGCGCGUGCCUCCCGGUGCCCUCUCCCCGCGCCCCUCCGCCUCUCUCCGCUGCACCCCAGCUCCCUGGGCACCUCGCCCCUCUCCGCUGCCCCCGCCCCGGCCUCCUCGUCGCGUCACUUGCACCCCCUCCUCUACCCGCGGCCCCCGCUCCCUCCGCCCCCCUUCCCUCUCUCACUUCCCACGCCCCCUCUUCGCGCUCCUCUCUCCUCCCUUUGCCGCCCAGCGCCGGCUCCGGAGUUGGGGGAGAGCCCAGGGUUUCAGUCGCUUUGGAGGAGGCGUGAAUCGCGCAGGGAUUGACUAAUUUGGGGUGGGGGGCGCGGUAGGCGAUGGAGCAGCCUGAGGACAUGGCGUCGCUGAGCGAGUUCGACUCCUUGGCGGGCAGCAUCCCGGCCACCAAGGUGGAGAUCACCGUGUCCUGCAGGAACCUUUUGGACAAAGACAUGUUUUCCAAGUCCGAUCCACUAUGUGUCAUGUAUACUCAAGGGAUGGAGAACAAGCAGUGGCGGGAGUUCGGACGCACUGAAGUCAUUGACAACACACUCAAUCCUGACUUUGUGCGCAAAUUCAUCGUGGAUUACUUCUUUGAGGAGAAGCAGAACCUCCGUUUUGACUUAUACGACGUCGACUCGAAGAGCCCUGAUUUAUCCAAACACGAUUUUCUGGGCCAAGCCUUCUGCACCCUCGGAGAGAUUGUGGGGUCCCCUGGGAGCCGCCUGGAGAAGCCCCUCACGAUAGGAGCAUUCAGCCUGAAUUCCAGGACAGGCAAACCCAUGCCAGCUGUGUCCAAUGGAAGUGGUCUUUGGAUGGAAAGUUUGAGAACCACUGGUCUGGAAGCCUCCGGUGGUGUCCCAGGGAAGAAAUGUGGCACCAUCAUCCUGUCCGCUGAGGAGCUGAGCAACUGUAGGGAUGUAGCCACCAUGCAGUUCUGUGCCAACAAGCUGGACAAGAAAGAUUUCUUUGGGAAGUCCGACCCCUUCUUGGUGUUUUACAGAAGCAACGAGGAUGGAACCUUCACCAUCUGCCACAAGACCGAGGUCAUGAAGAACACCCUAAACCCAGUCUGGCAAACUUUCUCCAUUCCUGUGAGAGCACUCUGCAACGGGGACUAUGACCGGACCAUCAAGGUGGAGGUGUACGACUGGGAUCGCGAUGGCAGCCACGACUUCAUCGGGGAGUUCACCACCAGCUACCGGGAGCUGGCCCGUGGGCAGAGCCAGUUCAACAUCUAUGAGGUGGUAAACCCCAAAAAGAAAAUGAAGAAAAAGAAAUACGUGAAUUCUGGCACAGUCACGCUGCUUUCCUUUGCGGUGGAGUCCGAGUGCACAUUUCUUGACUACAUCAAAGGAGGGACCCAGAUCAACUUCACGGUGGCCAUCGAUUUCACGGCCUCCAAUGGGAACCCCUCGCAGUCCACGUCCCUGCACUACAUGAGCCCCUACCAGCUGAACGCCUAUGCACUGGCGCUGACUGCCGUCGGGGAGAUCAUCCAGCACUAUGACAGCGACAAGAUGUUCCCUGCCCUUGGCUUCGGGGCCAAGCUACCCCCUGAUGGAAGGGUGUCCCACGAGUUCCCGCUGAACGGCAACCAGGAGAACCCCUCCUGUUGCGGCAUCGAUGGCAUCCUGGAGGCCUACCACCACAGCCUGCGCACGGUGCAGCUCUACGGCCCAACCAACUUCGCCCCUGUGGUCACCCACGUGGCCAGGACCGCGGCCGCAGUGCAGGAUGGCUCUCAGUACUCGGUGCUGCUGAUCAUCACGGACGGGGUCAUCUCGGACAUGGCACAGACUAAGGAGGCUAUCGUCAAUGCUGCCAAACUGCCCAUGUCCAUCAUCAUCAUUGGCGUGGGCCAGGCGGAGUUCGACGCCAUGGUGGAGCUGGAUGGUGACGAUGUGCGGAUCUCCUCCCGGGGGAAGCUGGCAGAACGGGACAUUGUCCAGUUCGUGCCCUUCAGGGACUACGUGGACCGCACUGGCAACCACGUGCUGAGCAUGGCCCGCCUGGCCCGCGAUGUGCUGGCCGAGAUCCCUGACCAGCUGGUGUCCUACAUGAAGUCACAGGGCAUCCGCCCGCGCCCCCCGCCUGCGGCCCCAGAGCCCUCGCCCCCACAGUCCCCAGCCCGCACGCCCCCUGCUUCCCCCCUGCACACACACAUCUGAGCGCUCUUCCCGAAGUCCCCUGGCCUGUGGCGGGCGGCUGGGGCCCGGGGAGGCCAGUGGAAGUGUAGGCGGGGUCUCCAAUUUGCCCCGGCCAGCGGGGGGGAAGUAUAGGCGGGGUCUCUUGCAAUUUGCCCCGCCCAGCCUUUGUAACAUGUGUGCCUGGGAGGCCAGCAGGAGGCGGGGCCUCUGAAGACUCCUCUCUAAUUUCCUAGCCUUAUGGCCCAACCCAGGGAAUUGGGAGGGUACAGGUGGUGGAGGUGAGGUUCUGGGCCCCUGCGCUUCUCAUUUCCCCCUGAUACCUGGUUCUGGCCCAGCCAGGAAGGUGUUAACAGUGAGGAGAAUUGAGGUCCCCCUCGGCCCACCUGGCAAUCCCGUCUGCUCCUAUGUGGCCGUGAAGCCUGGGCUGGGCCUCCCUCCUCCUGUGGUGUCUAUUUCUAUACCUGGCCCCUGCCCUCCUACCCCAGUAUCUAUCCCAUCCCUAUUUCCAGUGAACCCUGUGAGGCUGCUGGGUUUGCAGGGAUGCCUGAACAUGUGACCCUUCCCAGGGACACUUGCAUGCUCUGGGAGCCCUGCGGACCCAUGCAGGGGAGGCUGUGAGGGGAGGCCGUAGGCCACAUGGUGGGCUGGGAAUGGAGGCCUUUUGGGCACAGGGUCCUUUCUGGUGCCUCUCAAGCCCAGAAGGACAUGGUUUUAGAUACACAGAUCCACAGGCCUUUUCUUGGUGUAGACCCACAGGCAUCUCUACAGCUGACUUCUGAUUCCAGGCAUCCCCUCCUCUUGCCAGAGCUGCCCGGGGCCCCUGGGGCCCAGGCCUCUGCUACCCCCCUGGAGGCCUUGGAAGGAGCAGUCCAGCCCCAGCACUCCUACACUGCCCCUCUGACCCACGGGGAUAAGAGAUAGAGGUCCUGGGUUCAAGCCCUGCCUCUAGCUGCCGCCCGUGGGAACCCAAGCAAGGCCCUCCUGCCUUCUGGGUCUCAGUUUCCACAUCUGUAAGUCAAGAGGGUUGACCAGAUGGUCCCGGAUUUACCUUCAGCUCUGAUGUCCUGAGAGUCCAUUCAUGCCAUGCCCAGCUCCCCCCGUCCCACUCCUUAGCAGUGCGACCCCUUACCCCAGGCCGUCUUGGCCCUUGGGGUCACCUUGUUCCAUCCUGUCACCCCAAAUCCACCUGAGUCCUUCGGCCUUGGGCUCCGGUGUCUGAGCCCAAGCUCCUGCCCCUGCUGUGGGGAAGGUGAGACAGGUGAUCUCACCCCUGGGCCCAACCAGCUGCCCAGCCUUGGUCAUGCAUGCCAGCCCCUCCUGCAGCAUGAGGCUCCGAGGCCCACUGCACAUCCCAUGCCUGGGCGCCACCCCCCUCCCCCCCGCGCCCGUCUGCUGCCCAAUGCCGCUUCCCUCCCUGUCAUGCAUGAUGGUGGUGUUUCUAUGCUGUCUGGUCCUGUGCCCGUCUCUGAGACAGUCUCUGUGUGGAAUUUGCCUUAAACUGGAGUAAAUUUGGUUCUUUUACUAAA